CGGACUCACAUCAAAAGCGACCUCGCCAGGAGCACCCACCAGCGCUUGUAGUCUGUAGUCUCCUGCGACGACGCUGGCCGUGAACACCGCCUCGAAAUGCUCAUCAGGAUAAACCUUUGACCGAGCCCUCGGCUUUGAUUCUCCUUUGAAAAGGGAAGUGUGACUAGAACCAAUCGCUGAAAAAGAUGGCACCAAGGUUCACCAGACAGCAAUGGGCCACUAUCUUUAUCAUUGGCAGCGUCCACUUUGGCAGCUCCAUCUGCAUCUCCCUGCAAGCGCCUUUCUACCCCCAGGAGGCUGAGUCAAAAGGCGGCACAGCCACAGAAUAUGGAUUGGUUUUUGGAGUUUUUGAGCUGGUGGCGUUUUUGAGCAGCCCAAUUUUCGGAAAAUACCUUGCAGUCACAGGAGCAAAGAGGACACUAAAUUUAGGAAUCAUUGUGGCAGCAGUUUGCUCAAUCCUUUUUGGCUUGCUUGAUAAUUUAGAAUCUCACAACUGGUUCAUUGGACUGAGUUUCACAAUCCGAAUCUUAGAAAGCCUGGGCGCGUCUGCUGCCCUCACAGCCGCCUUUGCCAUCACGGCCGCCGUUUUUCCAGAUUGCGUGGCCACAAUUUUUGCCACCUUAGAAGUGUUUUACGGCGUGGGAUACAUCGUGGGUCCAACAAUCGGCGGAUUUUUGUUUGUGGCCGGUGGAUACGUGCUGCCAUUCGUGGUUAUGGGCUCGUGCCUUCUCCUGGUCGGAGUUCUCAUUUACUUCGUGCUGCCCGCCAACGUGGGCCAGACAACGUCAGACGACACUCAGGACAAAGAGUUUGGAGUUUUUGCCAUUUUGAAAGUGCCUUCCGUGCUGGUUAACUCCUUGUGCAUUGCUGCAGCAUCGUCUAGCAUGGGAUUUUAUUCAGCUCUACUGGAACCACAUUUGCGACAGUUCAAGCUGAGCGAUAUUGUGCUUUGCAUAAUGUUUGUCCUCAGUGGAGGCAUGUACGCCCUCGUUUCCCCAUUCAUUGGCCGACUGUGUGACAAAAAUGUGCCGCCCAAAUUACUUUCCAUGACUGGGUGUGCAGCUGUUUUUGUUGGUUGUCUUCUAAUUGGACCUGCACCGUUCUUUGGAAUAGAGGCAUCUCUUGGUUUGGUGAUUGCCGGUUUGAUUAUUCACGGAACUGGCUUGGCCCUGAUGCUAGUCUCAUGCUUCAUUGACGCAAUCAAAUCUUCAGUGUCGGCCGGCUUCAGUGACAGUUUGGCAACUUACGGCCUAAUUUCGGGACUGUGGGCCUCCAGCUUCUCCCUUGGCGCCUUCAUCGGGCCUUCCUUAGCCGGUUUCUUGUUUGACAGAGUCGGAUUUGCGAAGGCUACCUAUUUUGUGCUUGGCACGCAGUUGUUUGUGUUUACCGUGAUGCUAAUCUUCGUAUGCUGUUACCGAAGAAAUAAUACCAAAACGGAGAUGCUUCUACAAAGUGUUGAUGGCGACCAGAGUGAGCGGAGUGCCCUUAUCAGUAAUGCGCCGAAAGAAAAAACAAACAUACUUGAUUUCACGGAAUGGGAACUGCCUAGGGGAUAUGGGGCUGUCACGUCUGUCCCAUUGAGAGCAAUUGAGGUUUAUGGCUAAAAUGGUGAAGUUUUGCAAAUAUCUGAGAGUAAAAUGUUAACAUUAAGUUCCUGAAAAAUUUACCAGAUUGUAAGAAGAGAGGGAACUGCAUAGCCUUAAAAAGGAAUAAAAUCAUAGUAUAAAAGACUUUUCUUAAUAAUAAUGUAAAAUAUAAACGUUAAAUAUGAUGUGGAGACACACAUUUUUGUAAAUAAACUCUUUUAAACUGUG